GCUAAGUAUUUUUCUCCUGCCCACCUGCUCGCAUAUGCCAUAGAUGUCUUUAAAUUUCCAGCCAUCUCAUGAAUACAGACCCUUGCUGCAGCUGAUGGUGAUUGCAGUUCGCUAAGGAUCGUGAAGAACGGAAAACACCCAGAGAGCACACCCGGCGCCCGGAUUUGAAUCGGGGCCACCUCCAGUCCUCGGCCUAGAAUACCAUCAUCGUAACCACUAGGCCACGGGAGCUGAUGAGUCAUCGUGAUAUAUCAUGAUCUGCAGGACAUAGGCUUUUAGCAUUAAGUAUCAAUAAGAUAUGCUUGUUCUCGUCCACGGCACCAACUCUGACACGCAGCACCUUGAAAGUAAUAUCUUCUGGUAGUGAACAUUGUGGCGCAGUGAUUGCUGGUGCACUGCAGCUUGUCAGUAAACGCACUAACACGAUGAGCUGUAUUAGAUGUUACGUCACCAAGUCUGGUAAGUGCUUCGUCUCUAUACAGCAUUCCGGGGUAAGUAAUCAGACAGCGCUUUGCUAUUCUUCCAGGACAGCUUUAGUUUUAUUUUAGUUUUAUUCCACGCUCUACUGCUUUACUUUUUUUUUUUUUUCUUUUGCAGUCAUGCUGUGCUCUUGCUUCUGGCUCAAAGUCACUCCUGUACAAAAUUUUCCUAAUAAACGAUUCCAAACAAACGUCUCUGACGUAGUUAUCCUAUCACAUUACAUCACUAAUACUUUCACUCGUGGAAACCAUUGCGCGAUAGCUUUUAGUGCUGAACAUCAUUUUCAGAGCCUCUGACUCCAAUGUGCGUAAUGCUGUGUUGGGCCGCAUACCCACAUGCGGGCAAUGUCUUCGGUAUAACGCGAACGCGGAGCGGUAAACCCUUGCCGCGAGCGAUUAUAUGUCAAAGGGUCCAACGAGCAGGAGGUUCCAACGCUGGAUCCUUUAGCUCUUUGAAAACUUCUUCACGCGUUCCCCUGUACUUUGCGGGAAAGAUUAAUACCGCAAUCGCCGCCGGCGAUGAAAUUCCCCGCCCAUUAUCCUGAAAUAAAGUUGUUUUUGUUAAUACCGCAAUAAACAGAUGGCCGAGAAACAUUGCGCGCGUGCGGUUGGGGACUAUACUAUGCAUCGGUUGUGUGCACAUCACUGCGAACGGAAAGCGCGGAUACGCACGGAGCCGUAAAUCAAAAUGAAUGGUAGCAUUCGUGUGUGUUAUUCAUACCUGGCUGAAUGUCAUUAAAUUACAAGGAAUGUAAUUGAGGAAUGCCAUUGCUCAGCCAUUACUGCCAGCCCGCCUAAUGGCCACGAUAUGCUUAUACUCGUUUUAAUGCAGCUACUUUUAACUGCUCCACCACGUCAUAAUUUUUUGCGCAUUAUGUUCCUGUGUAUGUUAGUUGCUGUGCCCCCCCCCCCCCCCGCCCCAACUGAGGAUGUUUGUCUCAGCUUACUUCUAUGGAGUUCUCCGUCAGCAGUUAGUCAGAGCUGGGGUAGCAAUACUUCCAGCGAGUUUCCUCGCGGGUCGGUGAAAUGACGAUUCGAUGAUAACGCGCUCCGCUUAGAACCGUGGCCCGUCGUCAUACUGUCUUUGAUAUCUUGCCGGACAUUCGUGUCACAAUCUGAAAAGCGGACGUCAACGGCCGACAACGCUUCGUCGUAUGCCUGACGGGGCCGCUUUCGACUUCGUCGGAUUUCUGUCCGAACUUCGUACGGAUACCUGUUGCCCAGAACUUGAGAAGCUGCGGCACCCUCUUGUGGUGUGCAGCUGUGCGGUGUCCUCGGAUUGUCAGGGUCCGUAACCAACACAGGUGGGCAACCGGGCAUCGCUCUCCUUCCUCCUGACAGAUUUGCUGGCCUUGUAGCAUGCUAUGCACCGAUAGUAGCUGAUUGAAGGGUCUCUCGGAUGCUUUGAUUUGAACGAAAACUCCAGUACAGAAUUCGUCCAUCUCCUGCAUUGGUACUGAAUGAUGUCGUAGGUCCUAUUGUGGGAGGGCUACUACGUCGGGGCACUCCAGUUGGAAUUCAUACAGAAACGGUAGAUGCGCACAAGCCGACCACCACAACCAAAUUAAGCAGAAGGGCAGUGGUCGUAAGGUGUUUAGCCGAUGAAUCGUCUUCAAACAAUGAAGUCGACGCGUGUGACCUGCGUAGGUGGCAUGUCAGACAUUCGGGAGGAAAUAUUCCAAAGGGCAGAGGGGCCGACAUUCUGAAGAACUAUUGAACUCCAAAAGGUAUAGGCUCUCGCAUGGCCUGGCACUAACGAUGUCUAUCUCAUGAGGUACGAAACCUCUAAGUAAAUUUUGUUACGUUAUGUCGGAGCUCUCAACUUUACCAUUUAUUAUUGUUAUCUCCCGUUGGAUCCUUGUUCCCGUUGGAUCUUCCGUCUCUGCUUGGACCCAAGUUUAGGUUGGAUACUUGUUCACGGUGUCACGUGACCCGAUUGGAUCCUCCUCCUCGUUGGACCCUCGAGCCACAAGCGGCUGCGAGCUAGAGUAGAAGGUCGUGUAUCGCCCCUGGCGAUGGAACUUCCCACUCAUCAUUAUUUAAAUAAAGUUGUUGGUAUUGUCUUGCCGCAGGGUGGGAAAAAGCUGCUAUUCGUUGAUAGCGCAACGCACGAUUUUUAGCGGCAUGCUACACAUUUUCGACCAAUCGGACGCGGACCAGCGGAGACGGCAUGAAUGCACACGGCAUGCUGAAGGCGGUUCCGCACGUGCAUCUCUACCGCAUGUGGGUGCGGGCCCUUACGAGACGUUCGCAGGGAGAUAGGACAGAAAUGUCAAAUCACACGAACUCCUAAACAAUGCCCGCUUGUCGGGAUUUAAUUACUUAACUACUGAAAACGUAUGUUAUGGGAGUUAUGCACAGGCAAAAAGUAUCCGCUAUAUUAACAAUGGUUCAAGCUUGUCCAAGUAUUGACCGUCAUUUCCGAUGUCAAUAUCUCAGAUUACCUAAUUCCGUCGAAUAAAUAUUACGUGCGUUCCGUUUGCAAGCGAGUGUGUUUCUCACAGCACAAGGUGCCAGAGGUUCUACGCGAUUACCGCAUCGGUUGCCAUGCAAAGGUGUAUAAUCUAUCUGUCUUCUCAGAUACAGGCUACAGGGGCACAAGUAAAACGUUAACGACUCUGAGUUCUACGAUGCUAUCAGCCAUCACCGGAGUAAGGCCGCAUACAGCCAUUACGGACAACGUCAAGACAAUCAGUGUGCCCUACAGAACGAUACGCCCACGUCCACGGAAUAUUCUGGUGUGCGUGAUCGGAGACCCAAGUCUGACCACCGACACUGUAGUUCCACCCGCGGGCCUGUGUACUUUCUACUUCUACCGUCCAGUGGAGACGCCUACACCGUUUGCCCAAAUCUCCCUUGGAUGGCAAUGGAUUCUGAACCUCGCCAGCGACCACUCUGCUGCCAGCAAGUAUGGAAUUGAUAUCAGUGAAAGGCAUGUCAAUCUUUGGAACACACAUCUCUUGAACCAGGCGGACAGGAAUGAAAUUAGCACACACAAGUCAUCCGGAGUUGUCAGCUACUCAGUUUUUGACACGAUGCUUGCAUGCGAUCGAACGCAUGAUGCCACAACGGACAUCAUCAAAGUCCUCAAGACCUUGCACGGCAUACCAGGCUCGCCCUCCCCCCAAGCAGGCCAAGAUACCCUCGACGUUAUAAUGAUAGGUGUUUCACCAUUACGUUCUGCUGUAAAGACGUGUGGUCAGUUUUUGAGGGACCACGUUCUUCGGCUCGUCAGAAAACUGAAUCCGUACGCCGUAUUGUUUAGAAGUACAUACAUGGCACCACCGGUUUGCAUCCAACCAGCCUGCACGCCUAUCUGCAAGCUCCCUGGGAUGUCGAUCUGGAACGGUAGCGUGAUCGAUGACCAGCCAUCUAUGGUGGACGCACUGGAAUUCAAGGGUAACGUCUCCUUGCCGUCAAGUACGCUACCUAUGCUGUCAUUCAGCCCACGAGGGCGCAUGAUACGGAAGCCAAAAUGCUACCCAUGUGACUGGAGUGAAGGCGAACGCAACAUACCCCAGUGCACGCAAGCCUACAGCGUGAGAACUGCUGCAUAUUUUCAGGGUCUGUCUGAUGUCUGACGUAUGGCUCACCAUACUGUACGCAUCUCUUCAGCGUCUAGAAGCCGCCUUCCCAAAACCUCUUUCAGGGAAGUUUUGACAGUCCUUACUAGUCGCUCGUAGAAGCCGCCCCACCAUGGGUCCCGUUCAACGAUGAACUUCCAUUCGAUCUUACAAGCAGAGAAAUGAUCGCUGACCUCUGGAUCCCUUAGGCCGUGCCACUGGCCCAUCAGUUCACGUUUGCUUCGUUUAAAUGUCAGAAAGUUGUGCGAACAGAUGACCCUACAAAGUCCUCUUCGAAAGACGAAUCUCUGUAACGCCUGAAGGAAAGCCCUGGUCGACAUAUAGCUGUUUAACUCCAGGUGCAGCGCUCUCGUAACUGUACAGACGAAUAACACAAUGUAACACUUGCCGACGUCUUCGUCCACUUUGACGAUCAGAAGUCCCGCAAAGUCGAUUCCCACGACUUCGAAUGGCUGCGACUUCGUUAUCCUGUCCGCUGGUAAAGGGGCCGUCGUCUGGUCAGCUGCCUUAGCCUGGAGCCGUUUACAGGUGAUGCACUGGUGGAUCACGCCCUUAACCAGUUGGCGCGCCCGUAUAAGCCAAAAUUGUUCACGUAUGUGGACCAUUGUGUCCCUUAGGCCGGAGUCACACUGGUUAUACACGUGCUCCAAACAUGUAUGGAGCAUGUAUAAUGCUGGUCACACUGGUUAUACAAUUCGUGUUUGACAACAUCGUUUGGUCUAAACGCGUGUAUGAUUAUACAUAGUCUCGAACAUAUGUUGUUCAAACAUCGGUCACAGUGGUUAUACAACUUGACUGCAGGAACAGUGCGAGUGGCUUAAACCGUGAUGUAUGGCACACGUCAGUGUCACAGUAACCAACCGAGGAGUUUAUAUAGCUUCCAUUCGCGAACAUCGCUAUUCAAAAUGUACGAAGAAGAGGAAGACGGGGCUGCACUUGCUGAUUUUCGAUUGUUUCAUGCUCCAUGUGCGCAGGCAAAGAGGUCGCCAUUUUGGACGUACGUGCAACACAAUGUCACGAACACUGACUUACAACUUAGUCGUGUAAAAUAACUCACGCGCAUCACGAUGUUGUUGACACUGACUCGUGCGAACGAAAACUGUCGUGGCGAAUACGUCCGUUUAUCCAACUUUUCCAUCACCGUUUUUCGGCAGUGCACAAAUACAUCGUCGUGUGUUUGACAACAUGUUGUCAAACAUAGUCAGAGUGCUUGCUUGUAUGACGGCACGGUCACACUGGUUAUACACACGUGUUUUAAAACAUGUUUUGCCGGUGUAUAAGCAGUGUGACCAGCACUGUAGGAUCAUACAUGUUUAAGGGAUGUUUGUUAUACACGUUCGUCAUACAUGUAUGACGGGAUGUUCGUGUAUAAUGUAUAACCAGUGUGACUCCAGCCUUACACCGGCAUGCAGCAAGCGGUGGUUCACCUGCAUGACAAGCAGCUUGGUGUAGUGGUGGCUUCCCGGUUAGAGUAGAGGGUGUCGUUCGUUACACGUCCUGAAAUGAAGUCGCCCACCUAUACGAAGAAGCCCGUCACUGUUGAGAAAUGGCGCCAGAUCCCUGAGAGGAGACUCAUUCGGUAGCUUUACGUUCGUAUUUAUAUUACUCAUUUCACGAUGAAACGUCAUGUGUUGUAUUCUCUUGACCCAGUAGGCCUCUGCCGCUUCUAUUUCGUCCGUGGAAAGCGGACCGUUCCUUUUCUCUGAACUCCGGAGGUUGUGCGCAAACCGCAUGAUCCAUGCUGUAGUCCUGUGAAGUGCUACCGCCGAGCUGAACGUGCUUGACUCCAAAAGAACGGGCACCGUUGAUGUAACUGCGCUCAGCACCUCAGUUCUCCGUUCUUCGCGCUCUUCGCCGGAAAACCGUGUUGGCGAUUGCUCUACUGGCCAUCGGUUAUCUCCGUAAACCAGUCACCUUGGGCCCUUCCACCAAAGUUCGUUCUCCACUAGGCUUUUGGCCGUGAUUCCUCUGGUCAUGAGGUCUGCUGGGUUUUCCUUAGGACAAUAGUGCCAAGGCUGAGACGAACCAUUUUCUUGAAUUUCGACCACUCUAUUUUGUACGAAAGGUUUCCACCUGGUUGCGUUCCCCUGGAUCCAGUAGAGCGCUAUCAUACUGUCGCUCCAGAAUUGAAUUUCGUCGGUCUCCAACGUGAGAUGGCUGGAAAUGUACUAAAACAGCCUCGAUGCGAUGAGGCACGCCAUGAGUUCGAGCCUGGGUAAUGUGAGCUUCUUCAACGGUGCAACCCUCGCUUUGCCAGAAGUUACGAAGUGGUUGCUUCACGCGUUGCAUUUUUGACGCAAAUGUAUGCAGCUGCACUAUACGCUAAGGGACUGGCGUCCGCGAAGAUAUGCAGCAUCCGGCUGACAACGUUGCCAUCCAGGCCGUGCUCAUAGAAUCGUGGAACUUGUAUCAUCUCUAGGAGCGGUAAACCCUCGCACCACUCGUGCCAUUUCUGCUUUAUGUCGUUCGGUAGAGCAUCAUCCCAGUUGAGCUUGAGCUCCCACGUCCGUUGAAACCAAAUCUUUGCCUUCACAAGGAAAGGUGAAAGGAACACCAUCGGGUCGUAAAGUAUGGCCGUUGUUUGAAGAAGGAACCGCUUUGUAUCCUUCAGCUGCUGUGCGAAUUGGAGCACAUCGUGUGAUAGGAGCAUCAACGCAUCCACUGUUGGAUUCCACGUCAGACCAAGCACCUUGAGGACCCCAGUGACUUCACCCAAUGGCGCAGCUCCCGUCACCUCAGAUUGAGAACGGCCUCUCAUGAGACUGCUGUUAGACGCCCACUUGUGGAGUUUCAUGGACGCUGCUCGGAAGAUGUCGUUGGAUUUUCGGUAAAUCUUGUCGGUUGACUCAUCCGAUGCUCCAACUAGGAGGUCGUCGACGUAGAGAGAUGUCCUGAGCAGCCUGCAGGUGCUGGGGUACUUUGCUUCCAUAGUCUCGAAGUGGUGUUGGAGAGUGGCUGCUAGUAAGAAAGGGAGAAACGUUACGAUGUCCGGCAAAGGAUGACCAGGUGUAAGAGUUUCCAGCAGCCAGAGGAAACGGAGCGCGUCCCUGUCGUUGACGCUAAUCUGUAGGAACGCCUUUUCAAUAUCGGCCACUAACGCUGCCCGAUACUUCCGGAAAUUUAGCAAUAAGACCAAACAGCGACAGCGACCGGUACGACAGCGUGAAUGCCGGCCUCCACCUGCGGCACUUCUCUGGCGGCAACCGGCAUUCACGCUGUCGUACCGGUCGCGGUACUGUCGCCCACUCAGCAACUCAACACAAUCAGCAACAAACAGCUCUCAACAACGAUCACUCAACACACUCCCUCAGCAACAAGCAACGCAGCAACUCAACCCCACACAACGCAAUCAAGCACCCAACCACUCAGCACUCACAACUCAUCUCUGGAACCCGCCCGGAUCCAGCGCCCUUGUUCCCGCCAUCCCGCUGCUGCAUCAACAGCCACAAUCGCAAGCCGUAGCUCCAAUCGUCCACCAUCCACGAGUCGUCCUCAUUCUCCUCUUCAUGGUAUCGACGCGGACCUCAACCGCACACACCGCUCCGCGUCUGAGGGGGGGAGUGAUGUGGCGGCCCGUGGAAGACGACGACGACGCGCCUCUGCUGCCACGCGCUACGGCGCUGGCACGGCAGUUCUACCGGCACCGUCCUAGUGUGAGGCCACGUCCAUCUGCCCGCAGGGACAUUCCAUCAUCGCCGGUCAGGACUCAUGUAGAGGAACACCACCUCCUCUACAACUUCUAUCAUAAUUCGUCCGCUACCGCAGAAAUGCUCUGGACAGCAGCUUGUUGUACAGCCUUGCAGCUGGUUUCGACGAGCUAGUCGCGCACACCUGAUAAUGAGCACACCUGAGAGUGAUGUAGUAGCCUUCGCACCCUCCUUUCUCCACUAGCCGUUCAGAAGACUACAAAAUGCUCGGAAUAUCUAAGCAUCCACUGCACCUCUCGCUAGAACGAUAAAUUUGUCGAGCGGUAUAUUCUUACCCUUUUCCGACACCCGUACAGCGAAGGUAGACGAAACCCGAAGAACAGCGCUAUGGUGUUGAGAACCAGGCAUUAGUCUUCUCACUUCUUGGACGGGAACCCUUACUGAUGUGGGCACAAUCCUCCCGUAUCCAUUCGCGUUUCUGGAACAAUCCACCCUUGCAGAAGCUUCUUCUUGCGUUGAAGAAUGUUAACUCUUCUUUGUCAGGGCUUUUUCGCCACCAAGCCGUUCCAAUAGGUUCUGCAAGUAGGUCAUACCCUUCAGGGCAGCCCCUCAAUCUCCCCUUUAUCUCAGCCUCUGACGUAACCUAACGCGGCACAUGACUGGCGGAACCCCAGCACAACAAACUGGACGCGGAGAGCCCACGUGGGUCGGCUCACGUGGCAAAGAAGCAACGAAGUAACCGCAACCACAACAUCAGGCACGUUGGUUACUUCGCGCCGACCGGUGAGUGGAGGAACGCUGCCCAUGUGAUUUCUCCGUCCCCUCUAGCGCAAAGGUUCACUUGCACAGCAUAUUUCCACUGUUAUGACCACUGCUCCACCUCAUCCGCAACAAAAGGAGACCUCGUAUGACUCUGGGUGUUCCUCCGUUUGGCUAGUGACUCUAGUUUGGCAAUGUAUUGUGCCCUUGUUUGCAAAAAUAUGACGUUUCACGUAACGAAAGAAAAAUCGUAUGGAAAAAUGACCGUACCCUUUGGUGCACGGCCAAAUGCGUAUGAAAUGAGAUAGCAUUACGAAGGACAAGGUCUCCAGAAGCGGAAGAAGCAAACUUUCCCUAUUUUUAGCAGGUCGGCAGCACUCUUCGGAAGCUAUACGAUAAGGGAAGCUCUAAAAUCAGAGAUCAACAGCGACUUCAAAGGAAUCAGGUGAUUCACUUAUUGUGUUUUCAAUAACGAUUCCUCUUCGUCUGGGUGCCGUUCAAUUCAGGCGACGCAGAGAAUGGGCAGUCAAUACUGUUGUGGGAGAUGUAUUCCAUGCAGCACACACAUAUCUCAUGAACACAGAGUCUCUCCUUGUGCCGUUGCGUGUGGUUGGUCCACAUACCCAUCACACAUGCACACUCAUCCACACUACAUUCCCCUGUGUCCGUGUCCUGUGCCGCACGGCGCAUACGCUGGGCUUCUGCGCGCCGACGUUUACGUUUGACUUCGGCAAGUGUGCGUAUGGCGGGUCGGUUCGGCAGUAGGCUGAGGCGGGAAACGAAUAGUUAUACGGAAGUAAUGCGAGGUUCAGUAUGAUUUAGUACUGAUGUAGCGUCACAGGUAUUUCGGUCUUCGACAGCAACGGUAGCACGAUUUGCCGCACGCCGUUUACUGGCCCUCUCGGCGGCGCGUGUCGGCAGACUCUGUGCCGAAUCAUUCCAUUCUCUUAGGAAGCGAAAAUAAAGAACACCCGACGUAGAAGUCGACUUGUUGUCGCAAAUUUUGAUGCAACAGCUCACACAACCUGUCUUAUUACACAUUCUUGCACAAAAAACGAGGAAACUACAAGGCGGUGAAUGCAUACAAGCACAGAUCAAGCGAACUUAUACCCAGUGACACAAGACGGGCGCUCAGUGUUGCUUGCGACACGUCCUUCAUGCGGCGGUUCAGAGCCGCUGCUCCUCACAUUUCAAAAAUUUUUGCAAGGCCUGCGCCCUUUUCAGCCGAGAUAUUCCAUAACUACGUUUUCUUAUCGGUCAAUAAUUGUAAAAGUAACAGAAGCCAGCAACCAAAUUUCUUCCGAAGUCUAAAAUAACUGUGAUAUUUAAAGGUUGGGAUUGAAAUACGAUAUCAAACCACAGACCAGUCGUUUCGAAAGAUCGCUAGAAGAUAAUGAGGCCUGUGCACAUGACGUCACGCGCAGUCUUGGGCCCACAGGACAUGGGAAAAUAUGGGGAUGCGUCACAAGCGUAUUAUGCGUGCCGAAUGAGGCAGCAGGGUGUGUUAUUACAAUUCCCUCUCGUAACUCACGGCAUCCCCCUACUCUGACUCCGGUGUGGCAAAAUGGUUUCCAAUGUCACGUGACCACACAUUACGUCCCUGCACAAGCCUCAUUCGCUCACGACUACUCUCCUUCUUAUCAAACUUACGUGCCGCAGCAGUUGGGUUUCACUUGCGCUUUUGCAUGCAAAUCAUAUUAUCAUUCCAAAUAUUGAGCGUCA